AUGGGCUGUACCGCCAGCCCAGUGUCCUGCCAGCCACCACCAUUUCCAGCACCCCCCAGCCAGGAUGGAGGGCAACAGCACUGUGAACCCAAGACCCCAGAGGUCCCAUCCUCGCUGGAACGACUAUCGCAAGCCACCGGAGGCAUGGAGAAGUCGUGGUACCGCUGCAUCUUCCCUUUCGGUCUCAUUUCGCUGGUGAUUGGCACAGCCGCCACGAGUGUUACCUUCACCUAUGACCAACUGCCGCAGGUGCGGGUGCUUACAGAGAAUGUGGACUUGGCAGAGAAACUGGCCCAGAGGAGUCCCAGCUGGCUCUUCACCAAGGCAGGAGUACCCCAGGAGAAAGCAAAGUCAGUUGGACAGGAGACAACGAAGUUUAAUGACAAGGGGGUUCCAUGGGGCUGA